AUGAGUGAUGAGCCGGCGGCGAAGCGCAUGAAAAGCAUCGAUGAGUUCCCGAAUCUUCGGGCCGACGUAGCCGAUGCGGUCAAGGAGAAGCUGAUCGAAUUGGACACCAUUCAACAUCAAUUGGAUAUAAUGAGUGAAAAAGCAGCCGAGGAGAUCCUUCGCGUUGAGCAGACAUUCAACAAGAAACGAGUGCCGAUAUACGAGAAGCGGAAGGCGUUAACGACGAAAAUCGACAACUUCUGGCAGACGGCGUUCCUUAAUCAUCAUCUUCUCUCAACAGCGAUCCCAGAAGAGCAAGAGGAUCUGCUCAGCGCAUUGCGUGAUCUCGAAGUUCAAGAGUUUGAUGAUCUUCGCAGUGGAUUCAAGAUUAUAAUGACUUUCGACAAAAACGACUACUUUGAGAAUGACGUCAUCACUAAAUCGUAUCAUUUGCAAUCGGAGACACCGAGCACUGAAAUCACCGAAAUUCAAUGGAAGGAUAAUAAGAAGCCGACGCUGCCAGAUGACGACGCGGCGAGCAUCACGUUCCUCGAGUGGCUUUCAUACGCUGCUCCACCAGACAGUGACGAGAUAGCCGAGGUGAUUAAGGACGACUUGUUCAUCAAUCCACUUCAGUACUAUGUGAUGCCUGAUAUGCAGGAGGUCGAUGAGGAUGAUAUUGAAGGUUUUUUGAACGAGGAGCGAGGAUUGGAUGAGGUUCCUCUGAUGUUCCGACACCGGAUGGACUACACAUUUUAUCGGAAAGACGUCGUGUGUGACGAUCAAAUUUUCUCGGUGCAAAAGCGCGGAAUCGAGCAGCUGAUGAGCCAUUUCGGAAUGAUUGGAACCUUGGGACAAGUCUUCCUUCCCCACGUUGAAAUGGAAGUUCUAUCGGUGGUUCCGGUGAUUGACGAGGGGACGGUAAGAUUUCGAUGGAGAGUCAAAUACGUGUCAUUCCUCCGUCUCCUCACGAAUCCACGUCUUCUUCGCUUUGACUACCGUGUGAAGAAUUUGAGCUGGUUCGAUGGAUAUUCGGUUCUCACCGUCGAUGGAAACGGCGAUGUUUAUAAAGUCACAUUGCAAAAGAUGCAACAAGACGAACAGAAGAGCCUUCUGGUGUCAACAACCGAGAAGCUCAAGGAGAAAUUGGCAAAAGCAGCUCCAGCUGCAGCCAACACUUGA